AUGGUUGAGUCUGACAGAGAGUCAGAUGUGUCAACUACCAUUGGAAGCUCUAUCGCUGGAGGAGCAGAUGGGCCGAGGUCAGUUGGUAUCGGCUCCGUGCGAAGCAGGAGCACGAGGUUUACGCGUCUCACGAAAGCGAAUUCGACCGACACGAGGCUAACCCGGGCAGAGAGCAAAGCCAAAGAGAAGGAAAGCAAAACCAAAUCAAUUUUUGAAUGGAACGGUGGGGGACGCAACGUUUUCAUUGCUGGGUCCUGGGAUGCGUUCAAGAACAAACUCCCCAUGGAAAGCAUCCGUCCUGGGUAUUACCGUAUAGUGCUCCCAAUUCCGUCGACGGACCGUGUCGAGUUCUAUUUCUUCGUUGACGGGCACAGAAAAGUAGCUACGGAUCUCCCGGCGAUCGUUAACGAAUUCGGGGAGCACGUCAACGUCAAACAUGGUGAUCCGACGAUCAUUCACAAAGCCGGCAGGGUGCGGAAGAUUUUGUCCAAGAUUAGCGGGUUAGACUUGUAUUCACCAUUCCAAGGUCAACAAAUUGCGUCUAUGAUCAUUUUCCGGAUCUUUUACCUUUUAACUAUCCCUGCAGGUUGCUAUUACUUUUACUGGUUGAUCGAAGUUGGAGGAAAUACUGCGCAGCCAUUCACGUGGUUGACUUACGUCAUCGCAGAAUUAAUGUCCAUUACUAGCGCUAUUAUUGGCCUUUUCGCGAUGUGGAGUCCCGUCAAGAGAAGAUGGCGAUCGCUGGACUCGCUCAAGCCCCCUCUUCCUGCGGAAGACUGGCCGUCUGUUGACAUUAUUAUUUCCCAUUACAAGGAGGACCCGGAUCAGGUGUUAGGAGCCAUCCGAUGUGCGUUGAAUCUCGACUACCCCAGUCACCUGCUCCACAUCAUUAUUGCAGAUGAUGGAUAUUUUGCAUCGCCAAAGAAUGUUGAGAGAUCAGAGUUGGGCGUCCGCAUGUAUCAAAUGUUGGCUGACGAAGCCGGAUAUGACCCUCUCAUGGAUGAAGUCAUGCACGACAAUGGUUUAGUUGAGCAUUACGUCAUCAAAUCUGAGGAUGAGCUCACUCGCUUGGAUUGCGCGCUCGAAUGUCAUCACUUUGCUUUUGGUCCAUUCAGCGACCAAGAAAAGAGAGCUCCUGGUGCCCUGCCACGCCUGAGUUUGAUCGCGCGAGUGAAACCAGAAGAUCAUCAUAACAAAGCAGGAAACAUCAACAAUGUGCUGUUCAACGCUGAGACGAAUGGAAAGUUGAUUCUCUUCCUGGACGCUGACAUGCAGGUUUCAGAAAACUUUUUGUUACGUACCGUGCCGCUGAUGUUAGAAGAACUCGCAGAUGAUGCUGCGGACCACAUUCUUCCGGAGGAUCUUGUCGACCCAGAGAUUGGAAUGGGGAACGGCAACUGUUCAUGGAGGAUGAAUCGUGACGUCGCUUUUGUCCAAGCUCCGCAGAGAUUUCACAACGUCUGCGCAGAGGACUACAUGGCUCAUAGAAACGCGGUCUUCUAUGAUGGCAUUUGCACCGGCCGUGACGGAUUUGGCUUAACACCGUUUGUUGGUACCAAUGCAGUUUGGCGUCGUGAGGUGCUUAAAGAAAUCAACGGAGUCGUGUACGGUUCUGUGACAGAAGACACGCUCACCUCGAAUGAAGUCCACAACAGAGGAUACGUGUCCAAGUACGCUGCAGAAGAUAUCGCAUGGGGCGAAGCACCAGUUUCUGUAGCGGCUGCCAUGUUGCAACGUCAGAGAUGGGCAAAGGGGGCGGUGAUGAACGGGAUGAAGAUUUUGCGAGAUCUGCAUAGAGAGAAAGGCAGCAGUUCUCACUAUGUUCGUCGGCGUGGAGAGAUUGAUGAAUACUACGAGUACCGCAGGACAGCGCGACGUCCAAACAAUGCGUUUGUGCGGUUAAUGUUUGGCCUUGACUCGACGCUGUACCCCUUCCUGGGUGUUUCUGCGUACUUGUACAUGAUGGUUUCCAUCGCAUAUCUGGGAACCGCGAAGGCUCCUAUUCGACCAGAUUCCAUAGCUAAUUUGGCUGCAGCGUUCAUCCUGUAUUAUUCGGUUCGAUACAUCACUUUCUACGCUGCUUUCUCCGGAGUUUCCUCAACCGACGUGCUCCGCUCGCAACAAACAUGGUUCAGUUACAACGUGUGCCAUGUGAUGGGGGUAGUGGAUGCAUUGAACAUGAAGGGGCGGAUGGGAUGGGUUGCGAACACAGGAGAACGAAACAGGAGGAACUGGAUGGAAUGGGUGAACAUUGGACUGUGUGCGCUGAUGAUGAGCAUGAUCCUGUUCAGGUUGAUUGCGUUCUUGUUUCUCGACGGGGGUUGUGCACCUUGGAAUACGAUUGGAGCGGUGUUCUUUGGAUCUUAUAUUCUGUUCAACUUGUACCCCAUGGCUUCCAUUUCGCUGAAUGAGCGACUGAGCUCGGCGUCUGACGAGGAGAAGGAACACAAGCCUCUGAACAUGCCAGUGCCGCUGAUCAUAUCGGUAGGUACGAUUAUUGGAGUUGCGUUUCUGGCCAAAUGGGCGAAGACGCCUUGCGGAGUGUUGUCCACUGCACUUUCGUCCAGAUGA